AUGAAUGUCAAUGACAUGACACCUGAACAGCGCACGCGCUUCGAGAUCAAGCGAGAACACGAAUUCUACAGCUACUACGAGCCCGUCCGCGCCCUCGCGACGAGAGAGAUGGACUGGACCGAUCUCAACUCGGACGAAGCUGUCGCCAGACAUCAACCAGUCCAAUCCACCGACAAGGCUCUGACUGCCUUCUGCCAGCUCGCUGCCAUCCGUCUCAAGAUGCGUCGUGCCAUGAUCUUCUUCUUCGACAGCACCCACGCCUACGUCCUCGCCGAAGCCACCCGCACCCUCUCUCUGCAAGAUGACACCUCUUUCGACGACGAGGGCGAUGCUCUAUGGCUGGGUACGACGAAGAUACCCAGAGGAUUCAGUAUUUGCGAGCACACGGUCUGCUUGCCGUCCAAUGAGGGUACCAAUGCGCAGGACAAAGACUCGUCUCACAUCAUCCACAUCAUCAACAAUAUCACAGAGGAUACGCGCUUCUGCAACCGCCCAUAUGUCACUGGUGGCCCGCGAGCGAGAUUUUACGCCGGUGUGCCAAUCACCACUCCCAAAGGCCUGAAGAUUGGCGCUUUCUGCGUCCUGGACGAUAAGCCACACGAAGGACUAGCCAAGAAGGAGAUCGAUUUUAUGCAAGAGAUGGGAGCCGCCGUCAUGAGCCACCUCGACAUGAUCAAGGCAAAGGUCGAGCAGAAACGCGGCACCGACAUGGUCGCCGCUCUAGGUGCCUUUACCGCCAGCGAGGCCAGUUCCCGCAGAGAGACAACCACCGAUGCCGAACGCCCACAAUUACCCCACGACGUCUCGGCCUCUUCAUCUUUAUUGACAAUCGGCAACCUCGAUUCUUCCACCCCCAGAAAGAGACCUGUUAUGCGCAGGCAGUCUUCGAGCAACAAGAAGCGCCAAUCCUUGGACGACACUGAUCAAAUGACGAACAUCAGAGAAAGAUCUCCUCGGGGCCAGAGGCCCUCGUGGUUUGCAAAGAACAGAUCUCGCUCAGACAUGUCCGUAUACACCGAAUCGAACGCCGUCGAAGACUCGACCCCCGCCGAAUGUUCUUCCGAAGAUCAUAAACCCCACUCUGCCGAGCAAUCUCCUAACCAAGUCAUGCAAUCCGCCUCUGCUCUGAUCCAGAAAGCUGUCGAAGCUGACGGUGUCUUGUUCCUAGAUGCCUCCGUUUCUGGCUUCGGUAGUCUUGUCAGCAGUUCCUUCCUGGAUAAGACACCUGAUGGCGAUCCUGAUACCGCGACCAGCGGCACUGACGGUCACCAGACCAGCGAGGGCGAAGAUGCGCCGUCUCAUGCUAUGGAUGCUGACGACCAACCAUGCCCUAUCCUCGGUGCCUCAUAUGCAGCACGCACUGGAGCUGUGCCCGAUCCAGAAACUCGUCGCGAGGUUUAUUCUCAGCUAACUCCCAAAUUUCUUCGUUCUGUUCUCCGACGCUUCAGAGGUGCUAAAGUGUGGAACUUCAACGAGCACGGUGACGACUAUCUCGACGAACAGACCACUGAGAGUGCAUCAGAUGGUGGCCCUGUACGCUCAAGCUCCAUAGCCAGCGACGCUUCUCGGGCCCGCAAAGCGCGGAAGCGUUCUCUGAGACAUGCUCCUGGUAAACAACUCGCUGCUGUUUUUCCUGGAGUCCGCAGCUUGAUGAUUCUUGGGUUGUGGGACCCUCAGCGCAAUCAAUGGCGUGCCGGCUGCGUCAUCUGGUCAUGUACGCCGAUGCGCAUGUUCUCUACCGAGGGAGAAAUGCACUACCUUACUGCAUUCUGCGAUGUCAUCAUGGCAAAACUAGCUCGCUUGGAGGUAGAUGUGGCCAACAACAUCAAGUCUGACUUCAUUUCGUCCAUCAGCCACGAGUUGAGAUCGCCCCUGCACGGGAUUCUCGGAACUGUUGAAGUACUGCAAGAUCAACGCGUUGACCACGAAACUGCAGAGAUGAUCACACAGAUUGACACCUGCGGACGAACGUUGCUAGAUAUCGUGGACCAUCUUCUGGAAUUCUCGCGCAUCAACGUGCUCACCAAGCACACUGGCUCGAAUUCGCGGCUGCCUCAAACUUCUGCUGGUAAGCAGAACGGUGGCGGGGAAGCAUCCACUCUCGAUGCAGACAUCUCGCUGGAUGUUGUUACCGAGGAGGUCGUCGAAUCAGCCGUCUAUUCGUUCUGUUGUUCCAAGGAUCAGCGCACUCUGAACGAAAGAAAUGUCACGGUCUCCGUCGAUAUCGAGAAACAUCCAAAUAUCUCAUGGGACUGCAAGGUCACUGUGGGCGCCUGGAAGCGCGUCUGUGUCAAUCUGGUCAACAACGCCCUCAAAUACACAUCCGAAGGCUCCAUCAACGUGUCAUUGAGGAUUCUGCCUCCACACAACAAAACGGGUCGUCCUACCGCCCAGCUCUCGGUCACCGAUACGGGUAGAGGAAUGUCCAAAGAUUUCUUGCGCACAAAGCUAUUCCGCGCAUUCAGCCAGGAAGACGACUUGACGGAAGGUACUGGUCUCGGUAUGAGUAUGGUCGCGCGUAUCGUAAAAGGUUGGAGAGGCAAAGUCGACGUGCGAAGCAGUAAAGGACAAGGAAGCGUCGUCAGUGUCACUAUGCCCAUGAAGCUGACACAGUCAUUGAAGCGCGCGCAUUCCGAUGGCACGUCCCCUAUAUCACCAGUCGAUGUCUGGUCUGGGCUCUCAGUACAUGUCAUGGGCUCGCCUGAAGUUGAUGAUCGCAAUGCCAUAUCUACAGGUCGCCACCAACAACUUGUAGCCUUCAGGAAAACGUGCUCGGGUAUGGGCAUGCACACGUCCGGUCCAACCUGGCAACCUUCUGAUCGAACAGACUUUGCUGUCGUUGCAGAGUAUGACCUAUCGCAUCUCACGGAAAUGCUGGUAUCUCCUCGGAUUAGCCAAAGCACGGAAGACAAAACAGCAAUCACUUCACUGCGGAGUAAGCCAAUCGUUGUCCUAUGCAAAGAUUACAUAUCGGCCAGAUACUUGAAAGGUUCUCGCAUUGAGCAGCUGGUUCGCGGAAGAGUGGAAUAUAUCGCUCAGCCUUGCGGACCCAACAGACUUGCUUCCAUCAUCAGCCGUAUACUCGAGCAAUCUCCGGCAGGACAUAUCUGGACAUCUCGCCCUCACAGCCCGGCGACACCCAACACACCUUACGAAUCAGCAACGCCUCGCUUUGACACCUGGCGAGAAUCUCACACACCAUCGGUAUUUGAACCCGAGUCAAACGGUCUGGGCGUCGAGACAGCAGCACCAAACGUACUUGAAGUAGCGGAUGGUGCCCUGACAGCCUUAAGUCUGGCAGAUCUGGAGAGGAACGAAUCCAUGCGGAUCCGCAACCAAAGCGUUGUUGAUAUGACGAGUGCCGCACCACCUCUGAACAUAACCAAACCCUGUCUCCUUCUUGUAGAUGACAACCCAGUCAACCUCAAACUGCUCGUCACCUACGCCAGGAAGAACGGACACGCUAUGCUGCAGGCAUCCAAUGGCCAGCAAGCCGUCGACGCUUACAAAAACGCCCACUCGGAUUCAGUCACCUCUUCACAAACGAAUGUACCAGAAGUCAUUCUCAUGGAUAUUAGUAUGCCCGUCAUGGAUGGCUUUGAGGCUUCGAGACACAUCCGUGCGUUUGAGAGGAAGAUGGGCUUGAAACCUGUGGUCAUCAUCGCGUUGACAGGGUUGGGAAGUUCAGAGGCGCAGCACGAGGCUUUUGUGUCGGGGAUUAAUUUGUUCUUGACCAAGCCGGUGAGGCUGAAGGAGCUGACGAAGUUGCUGGGGACUAUCAAGGAUACUUUCGGGUGA